AAUGGCUAUUAAGGCCAACAUUUUUGGUAAUCUUAAGAGGAUGCAACUAUCAAAUACCCUCCCUGACAAUGUUGAGGAGAAUGGAAGACUACUGACUGAACUCUUAUCAUCCAUUGCCUCUCACUGUCCUAAUCUGAAUGACAUUGAUCUCUCUGAGAACAAUCUUGGUGUACCUGGAGCUAGUGCAAUAGGAGAGGCCUUUGUAAGACUUGCUGCCAAUAGGAAGAAGUUGGAGCUGAACUUAAGUGAGACCAAUCUCGACAGCGAAGCAGCAAAAACAUUAUCUGACAAAGUGUUAGCUUCUUUAGAGGAUGUUUCAAACCUUCUCUCUUGUGAAAUUGAGUUGAGUAUUGAUAACAAUCCACUUGGACACAGCGGCUUGUCAGCCAUCUUUAGAAUGCUCUCUAAUGAAAACUGUCCAGUAACAGAAAUUGAUCUGAACCAUACACAUGCAGUCAACCAGGGCCUAAUAACGGCAACCGAUUUUGGUGAAAUUGAAACUCCAACAUUUCGUGGUCGAUGUAGCAAAUUGAAAAGGUUGUAUUUUCGAAACAACAAACCAAGCGGGGACACUCAUGUAGCUUGCUUGACAAUGGCUAUUAAAGCCAACAUUUUCGGUAAUCUUGAAUGGUUGCAACUAUCAAAUGCCCUCCCUGACAAUGUUGAGGAGAAUGGAAGACUACUGACUGAACUCUUACCAUCCAUUGCCUCUCACUGUCCUAAUCUGAAUGACCUUGAUCUCUCUGAGAACAAUCUUGGUGUACCUGGAGCUAGUGCAAUAGGAGAGGCCUUUGUAAGACUUGCUACCAAUAGGAAGAAGUUGGAGGUGAACUUAAGUAAGACUAAUCUCGAGAGUGAAGCAGCGACAGUAUUUUCUGACAAAGUUUUGUCUUCUUUAGGGAUUGUGUCAAAUCCACUCUCUUGUGAAAUCAAUUUGCGUAUUGAUAACAAUCCACUUGGACACGGCGGCUUGUUAGCCAUCUUUAGAAUGCUCUCUAAUGAAAACUGUCCAGUAACAAGACUUCAUCUGGACCACACACAUGCAGUCAACCAGGGCUUAAUAACGGCAACCGAUUUUAAAACUCUAAUAUUUCCUGGUCAAUGUAGCAAAUUGAAAAGGUUAUCAUUUCAAAACAACAAACCAAGCGGAAACACUCAUGUAGCUUGCUUGACAAUGGUUAUUAAAGCCAACAUUUUUGGUAAUCUUGAAUGGUUGCAACUAUCAAAUACUCUCCCUGACAAUGUUGAGGAGAAUGGAAAACUACUGACUGAACUCUUACCAUCCAUUGCCUCUCACUGUCCUCAUCUGAAUGACAUUGAUCUCUCUGAGAACAAUCUUGGUGUACCUGGAGCUAGUGCAAUAGGAGAGGCCUUUGUAAGACUUGCUACUAAUAGGACGGAGUUAAAACUGAACUUAAGGAAGACUAGUCUCGACAGCGAAGCAGUGAAAGCAUUUUCUGAUAAUGUUUUGGCUUCUUUAGGGAAUAUGUCAAAUCCACUCUCUUGUGAAAUCAAUUUGCGUAUUGAUAACAACCCACUUGGACACAGCGGCUUGUCAGCCAUCUUUUGA